AUGUCGGGUUCAUCAUUCUCAGUUGCAGGGAUGACACCUCUUUCAGGCUCUCAUCAUGGCUCUGCUUGGAAUCCAGGCUCUAGUAGCUCCCUGAGCGCGUCACUCAGCGAAUCAUUAUCCCAACCAAGGAGCAAUUACCAGGCUGGAUAUCUCAUGCAAUUAACACCGGGAAAUACGUCGCCACCGAGCCAGCGCGCCGACGACGCACCAAUAGUACCAACAAAGGCAAAAAUGAACCAUUCAUUACUUAGAGGAUCAGCGUCGGACUUUGGCAUGGAUUCGAUGUUCGAAACUUCCAGGCAACGACAGUCUCUGGCUGACGAUGAAGAUGCGCCUCCUAUGAUGUCCGUCAACGAUAUUCCCAAUGAGAUACCCAAUGUCAACGCGCGCUACCAGCCUAGGUCAUCAACUGCGGACCAGUCAUCACCGUUAACUAGACGAUCUCGCACUCCUACAAUAUCCCAAAAUUCCCAGCCGUUAUAUAUAAUUGUAUUCGGCUACCCCCCGGAUAAGUAUAGUGUUACCGCGGAGUAUUUCAAGUCACUCGGUGAUUCGACCGACGCAGAUCCGAGCACAGAAAUCAUGAAUUGCUUCAGAAUCGGAUACAGAGAUCCCGGCGAUGCUAUGCGCGCUGUUCGCAAGAAUGGGGAGAUUCUCGCGGGGUCUUGGAUGGUAGGUGCAAAGUGGGCGGAUCCAGCGCAGGCUGAGGCUCUACUCGGUCAGCCGUUACGUGCAAGCAUAGACUCCAGUCUUGCGUCGAAUGCGAUGGCGGUAGAUGAGCCUUCCCCUACGCCGCAUUUGGGCACCAGCACUCCGUCGGUCGGAACACCGAUUAAGCUCGCACCUUCUACCUCGGUGUUUAAGCGAGUCGGUGCUUCUGAAAAAAAUCCAACAACACCACAGCCGCAUGCUUGGGCAGCGAAGGGAGGAAAUCCAACAGCUUCUACAAGCAUGCCCCCGGGUGGUCCUUCUCCGAGUAAAGGUGUCCUUGGUCAGGUGUCAGACUUGAUAUUUGGAUGGUAG